GGGAGCGCAGCGGCUGCGGCGUCCGAAUACCGCCUCUAGUUUUUCCCGCGAAACUCGGCGGCUGAGCGUGGAGGUUCCUGUCUCCCCUGGUUUGUGAAGUGCGGAAAACCAGAGGCGCAGUCAUGUCGGGAUUCGACGAUCCUGGCAUUUUCUACAGCGACAGCUUCGGGGGCGACGCCCAGGCCGACGAGGGGCAGGCCCGCAAAUCGCAGCUGCAGAGGCGCUUCAAGGAGUUCCUGCGGCAGUACCGAGUGGGCACCGAUCGCACGGGCUUCACCUUCAAAUACAGGGAUGAACUCAAGCGGCAUUACAACCUGGGGGAGUACUGGAUUGAGGUGGAGAUGGAGGAUCUGGCCAGCUUUGAUGAGGACCUGGCCGACUACUUGUACAAGCAGCCAGCCGAGCACCUGCAGCUGCUGGAGGAAGCUGCCAAGGAGGUAGCUGAUGAGGUGACCCGGCCCCGGCCUUCUGGGGAGGAGGUGCUCCAAGACAUCCAGGUCAUGCUCAAGUCGGACGCCAGCCCUUCCAGCAUUCGUAGCCUGAAGUCGGACAUGAUGUCACACCUGGUGAAGAUCCCCGGCAUCAUCAUCGCGGCCUCUGCGGUCCGUGCCAAGGCCACCCGCAUCUCUAUCCAGUGCCGCAGCUGCCGCAACACCCUCACCAACAUUGCCAUGCGCCCUGGCCUGGAGGGCUAUGCCCUGCCCAGGAAGUGCAACACAGAUCAGGCUGGGCGCCCCAAAUGCCCACUGGACCCGUACUUCAUCAUGCCCGACAAAUGCAAAUGUGUGGACUUCCAGACCCUGAAGCUGCAGGAGCUGCCUGAUGCAGUCCCCCACGGGGAGAUGCCCAGACACAUGCAGCUGUACUGCGACAGGUACCUGUGUGACAAGGUCGUCCCUGGGAACAGGGUUACCAUCAUGGGCAUCUACUCCAUCAAGAAGUUUGGCCUGACCUCCAGCAGGGGCCGUGACAGGGUGGGCGUGGGCAUCCGAAGCUCCUACAUUCGUGUCCUGGGCAUCCAGGUGGACACAGAUGGCUCUGGCCGCAGCUUUGCUGGGGCCGUGAGCCCCCAGGAGGAGGAGGAGUUCCGUCGCCUGGCUGCUCUCCCCAAUGUCUAUGAGGUCAUCUCCAAGAGCAUCGCCCCCUCCAUCUUUGGGGGCACGGACAUGAAGAAGGCCAUUGCCUGCCUGCUCUUUGGGGGCUCCCGAAAGAGGCUCCCUGAUGGACUUACUCGCCGAGGAGACAUCAACCUGCUGAUGCUAGGGGACCCUGGGACAGCCAAGUCCCAGCUUCUGAAGUUUGUGGAGAAGUGUUCUCCCAUUGGGGUAUACACGUCUGGGAAAGGCAGCAGCGCAGCUGGACUGACAGCCUCGGUGAUGAGGGACCCUUCGUCCCGGAAUUUCAUCAUGGAGGGCGGAGCCAUGGUCCUGGCCGAUGGUGGGGUCGUCUGUAUUGACGAGUUUGACAAGAUGCGAGAAGAUGACCGUGUGGCAAUCCACGAAGCCAUGGAGCAGCAGACCAUCUCUAUCGCCAAGGCUGGGAUCACCACCACCCUGAACUCCCGCUGCUCCGUCCUGGCUGCUGCCAACUCAGUGUUCGGCCGCUGGGAUGAGACGAAGGGGGAGGACAACAUUGACUUCAUGCCCACUAUCUUGUCGCGCUUCGACAUGAUCUUCAUCGUCAAGGAUGAGCACAAUGAGGAGCGGGAUGUGAUGCUGGCCAAGCAUGUCAUCACUCUGCACGUGAGCGCACUGACACAGACACAGGCCGUGGAGGGCGAGAUUGACCUGGCCAAGCUGAAGAAGUUUAUUGCCUACUGCCGAGCGAAAUGUGGCCCCCGGCUCUCAGCAGAGGCUGCAGAGAAACUGAAGAACCGCUACAUCAUCAUGCGGAGCGGGGCCCGUCAGCAUGAGAGGGACAGUGACCGCCGCUCCAGCAUCCCCAUCACUGUGCGGCAGCUGGAGGCCAUCGUGCGCAUCGCGGAAGCCCUCAGCAAGAUGAAGCUGCAGCCCUUCGCCACAGAGGCAGAUGUGGAGGAGGCCCUGCGGCUCUUCCAAGUGUCCACGUUGGAUGCUGCCUUGUCCGGUACCCUGUCAGGGGUGGAGGGCUUCACCAGCCAGGAGGACCAGGAGAUGCUGAGCCGCAUCGAGAAGCAGCUCAAGCGCCGCUUUGCCAUUGGCUCCCAGGUGUCUGAGCAUAGCAUCAUCAAGGACUUCACCAAGCAGGUGAGCCUGCCUUGGAGUGGGGGUGUGAGCCCGCACGGGGUGCCGGGCUUCUGCUGGUUCCCACCCACUCAGCACUGGCAUCUUACUCAGCAGACAGGCCCUGAAGGGGGGUAGGAUGGACAACUGUCCCUUUCUCAGACCUUUUCUAGCCAUCAUUCCUUCCCUAGGGGCGUCUUCAUCGGGAGCAGGAGUGGGAGUACUUUUUCUAUCCCACGAAGGGGAGGGGAGAGCAGAGGUGGUUGGAUUCUGGUGAAACCCCAUACAAGUUUCUCGCAGCCCUUCCCGUCUGUUCCUUUCCCCGUUGGCGGGCGUUACAUGGAACGGGAAGGGGCAGAGCCAUGAGAGUGAGCUUUCUAGUUCACUGAGGAGGGUACUGUUGGCCCCAUAGAAGAAGAUGGGAUUUUCCAGAUGCUCUGGAAGACCUGACACCUUUAAAAUCUCAGGAGCAAUCCUAGUUUCUGGGUCUCUGCUCCUUGUACAUCAUCUCAUUUUGAUUCAGGCAGUUUAAUGGGUGGUAUCGUGCCUGUUCUAUAGGUGCGCAGACCGAGGCUUAGAGAGAGGUUUAGAGCUUCUGUUCUAGAGUCAGAUGGGACUUAAGUCCCAGCUCUACCGCUUAACUGCUGUGACCUUGAGCCAGUGGCUUAGCCUCUGUGUGCCUCAGUGUCUGGUACACAGUAGGCACUCAGGAAGUGUGGGCCCUUCAGGUCAAAGGAGCCUGAGUACAAAGUUCCCCGUGAGUCUGAGGAUGUCUGGGCUCUGUUGGGGUCCCCUCGGGCAGCACGUGCCGUUAGCCAGCCAUGUGCUCCCACAGAAAUAUCCGGAGCACGCCAUCCACAAGGUGCUGCAGCUCAUGCUGCGGCGUGGCGAGAUCCAGCAUCGCAUGCAGCGCAAGGUUCUCUACCGCCUCAAGUGAGUCGCGCCGCCUCACUGGACUCAUGGACUCGCCCACGCCUCUCGCCCAUCCUGCCGCUGCCUGCCAUUGAGAAUGUUGCUGGGACCUCUGCCUCCCCACUGCAGCCCUCGAACUUCCCAGGCACCCUCCUUUCUGCCCCAGAGUAAGGAGCUGUAGUGACCUGCUGCCUCUGCGCGACCGCCUCUAGCGCCGUUCUGGGAAGUGUGCUUUUGGCAUCUGUUAAUAAUAAAGCCACGGUGUGUUCGGGUA